GCGGGGCGCGCGGCGGAGCCAUUUGGCGUCGCGCUCGCUGCGGGGAAGGGCCGCGCCGCCGCGGCCGCCGCCGCCAUGGUCUCCUGGAUGAUCUCGCGGGCCGUCGUGCUGGUGUUUGGGAUGCUUUAUCCUGCCUAUUACUCGUACAAAGCUGUGAAGACAAAAAAUGUGAAGGAAUAUGUUCGCUGGAUGAUGUAUUGGAUUGUGUUUGCUCUCUAUACGGUUACUGAAACAAUAACUGACCUAACAGUCUCUUGGUUUCCACUGUAUUAUGAGCUGAAGAUUGCUUUUGUUAUUUGGCUCCUUUCGCCCUAUACAAGAGGGGCAAGUUUAAUCUACAGAAAACUUCUCCAUCCUCUUCUUUCCUCUAAAGAAAGGGAAAUUGAUGAAUACAUUGUGCAAGCCAAAGAAAGAGGCUAUGAGACCAUGGUGAAUUUUGGAAGGCAGGGGUUGAAUUUGGCAGCAACUGCUGCAGUGACAGCAGCGGUAAAGAGUCAAGGUGCGAUAACUGAGAAACUGAGAAGUUUCAGUAUGCAUGACUUGACUACUAUACAAGGAGAUGAGCCAGUGGGACAGAGACCCUAUCAAACAUUGCCGGAAACAAAAAAGAAAAUCAGAGCCUCUGCAAAUGAAUCUGCAGGUUACAAAAUUCCAUUGGAAAAAAAUGCUGGAGAUGAUAAAACAGAUGAAGAUGUGGAGGGGACACAUUCAGAAGAUGAGAUGUUUGCUCAGAGAGGCCUUCGAAGGUCUCAAAGCAUGAAAUCUGUGAAAACUAUUAAAGGCCGUAAAGAAAUACGAUAUGGAUCACUGAAAUACAGAGUAAAGAAGAGACCUACAGUGUAUUUUUGAGUGUACUGCACAACGCCUGCAAGACAAACUGCUGUAUUAUACUAACUUGACUUCAGUACAUCGUGUUAAAAGAUCUGUGUGUGUAAUUCAUAUGAUGAAUAUGUAUGAAUAGAUAGGGGAGGACUUGGUUUUUAUGAGCCUGUUGGAUAAAGUAUUCCUUUGCUUUUCUGUAAUUUCUUAUUGUUUAGACAUAAAUCUGGCCAAGUUAAAAUAUGAAUUUCAGCACCCAUUAGGUAAGAAUUAAAUGAGUGACAGAAAAUAGGCUAGCUUUUUCCAGAGUUACUAACAGACCCAAAUAGCUGAAUUAUUGAAUUAGCAGAGGCUGUAAGUAUUUGGAACUCAUGAAAUUGAAUCCAGUGUCCCCUAGCUUACAUGGAAAGAUAGGAAUACUUUAAAUAUUUUUCUGAGCUACAAUUCCUGAAAAGGCCUAUAUGUAACUUAAAAACACACUGUUUAAAGGACAGUGGAUGAAGGUGGGGAAGGAAAAGGAAAGACCAGAUAGAUCUGGUGUAUCCUUAAGAUCUUUUCUCAUCAUAUUUUCAAGCUUGAGAAACUUGCAUAAGACUAAUAGGUGCAAACUGGGGGUACGUGUAGCACUUUAUGCAAAACUACGUAGUUUUGCACACUUUUACUAAUUUACAGCUGUACAUGUCAUUUUAGUGACUUCUUAGGUAGGUUAGGUUUUUCUUUUGAAUGCCAGCAAUCCAUGUAUUUCAUAGUCCUUUUUUAAUUUAUCUCAGUUUGCUUAAGUAUACCUAAGAUGCUGUAGAUGACUGCUACUAACACUUAACAUUAUCAGGUGCCUUUCUGUGUGUUACAGGGCUGCAGGGUUUUUUGUCUGUGGUGUUGCCCUCGCUGCCCCUCUUCAGCUAGAGAGAGGUAACAUGACUUACAAAGUCAGUUUUCGGUUAAAAUUGUGGUAAGUGAAACUUGUAGCCAGUGAUAGGCUGCUCAGAUCCCUGAGGUCUAUCAACCCUAUAUUGGAAGUCAUGCUGACAUGAAGGCAUGUAUGAUAGACUAUUCAGGCCACAGCUUGUUUUUUUUUUUGCUCUGGAUUACUUUAAGAAUAUAUGAAUGUGUGUGUAUAUAUAUAUUUAUAGAAUGUGUCUAUUUCAUAUCAUACAUGGGUUCUAAAAUUGGCUGUGUAGUAUUUUCUGCUGCUAAAGUUAUUACUAAAAUAUUUACAUAUAGCUUUUUCUAACUGUCUUCUAACUGAUUAAGUCAGCCAUGCCACAGCCUAGUGUCACGUGUCAUAAAUAUUUGCACACUAAGAUUAAUUUUGGAAUGUUGUUCAAGGGAGGGACUUCUCAAAAUGACCUUUCGAGGUCCUUUUUGGUUCUGUUUCCUGUAAAUCUCAGAGGUAGACUAAUUUUUAGUUUUCCGUGCGACUGUUUCUACUGUGGAUUGGGGGGGAGGAGACCUCACUUUUUGUAGGUAGUGUUUUAUUACUUGGCAUUGGCAGACAUGGUGUUCCUGUUCUUUAAAGGAAAAUGGCAUGUGAUUCCUCUUACCCUUGAAUCUUGGACACCAUUUCUUAGACCUUCCUCCAGAUAUGGCAGUCAUCCACAAACUUGCUGCGGCGCUUUUAAACACUUUCUUAAGGCUUGGGUCUGCUGCAGUUCUUUUUCUUUAUAUUUUUACAGCUAUAGGAAGUUCAAUGCUGGUCAACUCUUAAUGGCCUGUUACUGUGGCCUGGCAUCUGAAAUAGUCUUCUGCAGCCUUCUGUGGGCUAGAGUUUGAAUAGCAUGGAUGAAAAUGCAGCUGGUCUGUACUGGCAUCAUGUUACUGACUUGCUAUAGUAGGCAUUUGUAAGUCAAGUGCAGUGUCUGGGACAAAUUUAACAAUAUUGAUGAUACAGUGCUUUUAGUGUGCCAAGGAAGUUAAAUGCUUUAGUAAGAAGUUGCAACAUUCCGUAUGUGACUAAAAGGCCAAAGCUUGUAGUAGUCUUCUACAAGACAGAGUAACAUACCAGAAGACAGGAAGCCUGCUCUCUCCCAAAUAAAUAUAGUGCAAAAAUGCUGUCCUCUAACCAAGACUGGUUUGUGAUCUAGCUUUGUAAGGAGCUGUUUGUGCACAUUUGUAUUUGGGAAUUAGCACUUGCUGCUCUCAGAUUACUUUGCUAGUCUUACUGUCUGGUAUUUGAAGACACUGGGCAGGACUCAGUGUGAUUUUUUUUUUUUUUUUUUUUUUUUUUUUUUUUUUUUGUAGCCCAGUAGACUUCUACAGCAGUGCAUUUCUCAUUUCUCUGUCCCUUUGCAUUCUGUACUGAGUUUUAUCCCCUCUUUUGGAAGUAAAAUCAGACAGAAAUCUUUGUGGGCUUUGGUGGAGGAGAUGUUGAUGGGGAAGGCAGCCACCAUGGGGUGUGGUUCAUCACUUGCACUCCAGGAAUGCUUGUGCUUCCCAUCUGUUUCUCUGAAUGUAGGAAAGCUAUAGAUAGGGGUAAGGCUGUCUGUGUGCUUUGGUAUGUAGGAAGUUGGGAGAAGAUGAGGCUCUUGUAUUUGCAUCUUCCCCCUCCUUGAAAGUUAUGAUUAUCUGGGUUUUGGAUAUAAUCUCUAAUUCCUUAUUCUCCAGUUAAGCAUCCUUCUCAAGCACUUGCUGGUGCAUCUUGCACCAACUCAUAAUGUUUAUCUGGCUUUUUUGGUAAGCAUGACGAUAAAAUUGUCAUUUUUUUUAUAAGUCAGAAUCCUGUAUGAAGGAGCAGGGUAAGUCCUUCUUUCAGAAUUACAUUCCUCUUACAGGUUCAUGUAGAUGCUGUUCCAGGGGGUAUGCUCCUUGCACAAUUCAAGGGCUCAAGAUCAUUUGAACAGAAAUGUAGGCUCCAGCACAAUUGUGGUCAUUAGAUUGCUGUACAUGUUGUUACGUAUUGGAGGCUAUUGCCUCUGACAAACAUGACUUGCUAAUUAAAUAGUGACAAAGGCUAAAUUAACAUUUUUCUAUCACGAUGCAAACUUUAAAAGUCACGGUUAGUUCCACAGUUAAGGUUUUUCAAAACAGUACAAGGUAUUAACAGCUCUCAACUGAGUAGUAACAGGCCAGUCUAAUGAGCCACCUAGCAACUUUGUCAGCAAUAUUAUUCCAUUGUGAAUACAAAAUGCAGUAGGUCAAAACAUUAAUCUAAAAAUAUUUCAACCUUUAUAUCACCUUAUCACUUAUCUUUUUUUAGUAUAUUGUGUAUAGCUUAUUUCUCCAAAUAUGUUCCUUUGCUUUCCCUGUUCUAAUGCCACAUUGCACUUGCAGAACUCUUACUACAUUGUGGUAGGACAUGACUUUCUUGGUUUGGUUUCAUUGCACAAGAAAUGUUGUUGGAAAUGGCUUGCUGUAAAUUCACUGUACUAAUGAAUAGGUUCUAAUUUGUUUUCCCCUCUCCCCCUGCCCAAGGGUUGAACUUCUGGAAAAAUAAACUCUCCUUUUUCCCAAGAUAUGUAUGGAACUAAGAAUGCUGGCAGUAUUAUUCAUGAUAAUUACUGCUUGUGUAUAAAUGUAGUGAUAAAACUUUGUUUUCCUAGAUGUUUUUUCAGUCUAAUGUCCUACUGUAAAGCUUUUCCGUGACAGCUUGAUUCUUGUUGUUGAAUUUAUCCCGUAAUGGGUUCGCUCUUGGUAUCUCAAGUUUUUUCCUUGCUGUUCACUGUCCACAGAUGCUUGACAGGGCACAAUGGCAUGACUUGCUUUCAUCCAAAUGUUAUAUAUUUCUCUCUGCUUGUUGGAUUUAGUUGACUUUUUAAAAAUAUAAUGCAGUCUUUUAAACUUUGUGUACAGGGAAUAUUCAAACUUUUUUGCCUUAGCAGCUACAGAAGUGAUCUAUGUGGCUCUUGCCAGUAAACUUCUCAGAAAAGUGUUCAAGAUCAAAACUUGACUUUAUUUUGUUUUGUGGAAUUUAAAAUAGAUGGUUCCUGUCAAACUUUGUGAUCUUAUGAGUGAAAUGUUUCCUGAGAACUGACUAACUGCCACAACAGUACUGUUAAUAUAGUUAGAGAAUAAAAACUUCCACAGAGAUUAAAGGUACUUAGAACAUGCAUUUCUUGUUAAAUCAUAUGAUGGUUUCAAGCCUUUCCAGAAUGUCUAAACUGACUCUUGAUUUUUUAGCAAGAGCUUGCUGUACACUUUAAAAUAUAUAGUUUGAGACAACGGUUAAAUUGAUGGUCUCAGUUGCAAAUAAAGGCCAGACUCUGAUUACAAAGUAAUUGCCAAUAUUAGCUACUUAAUGCUAAUUACUUUGCUACCUGAAAGUAACUGAAUAUUGUUAUGCCAGAUAUUUUUUGUGAAUUAUAAUGAAUUUUAAAAUGAGCAGAAAGUAAUUUGGUAAAAUAGAAUGGUGAAGUAAAUACUAGAUGCAUUUAACAUUUAUUGUUCAUGACAAAAGAUGUGUUUUAUUUUUGGUGUUGCUUUUAUCAAUGGGAAGCUGGUAUUUUUAAGUAUUUUUCUACAGAAAUGUGUAUGUGUAAAGGCAAUACUUUAACAUUUUUCAAGGACUCCUGUUUUUAAAUGCUACAGACCAGAGACUGUCUGUAUUGAGACUAAAGUUAGUAGCUUUAAAAAAAAAAAGAGUAAGCUUUAAUUUUUAUAUUGUAAUAAUAACUUGCUGUCAACUUGUUUACAUAUUUGUAGGAGGGAAAGCUUCAUUAUGCAUUGACUUAUCUUGAUUCUGUCUUUAAUAAAUGCUGCUUUGAGCAGGA